UUAAUGGGGGAGUCAACAAAUAAUGUCCAAAUUUUAGUGAGUUAACCUCUAGAAAAUCGUUAACCAAAAUACUGUCAAUCAUACACGAAAGACUACAAGGUAACAAUUUGGAAUUUUAUCAGCCAAGAGGAGAAAAGAGCCUUAGUUCGCUGUAAUGUUUAUAUAUUUGCACUUUCGAAGGUGAUAUACAGUGAGUGAAAGGAACGAUCAAUUUUAACUACGGACUUCUGACAUUCCUGUUCGUCUGGAUCUUCAGAUAAAAUGACACAGCAAUCAUCUGCAUUAUAUAUCUUUAUAGUUACAAUCGUCACCUCGGUUUUCACGAUCAAUGUUGCCAAUGUGAAAUGCAAAGCCGGUUUUGAAAACGUCGGACAAUGGUGUUUUUCAUUUUAUCUUGUGAGCAAAUCCUUGUCAGACUCCAUUGAGAUUUGCACAAAAGCCGGUGGCAACAUGGUUCUAAUGGACGAAUACAGGAAGAUAGAGAUGCUUCGAAAACAUAUGAAAGAAAAAGGACUCAUACAUAAACUGACUGUUAAAAACAGAGAGGCAUUGAUAAAAUCUUAUCAGGAAAUUCGUGAAGUAACAACAUAUCAGGAAAAUUAUUGCAACACCUACAAGACAAAUAGAUUGUUUAAACCUGCAGAAGAAUUUUACAUCCCAAACGCCAAGCUUCCGAUUAACUUUAAUGGAAAUGGACGUGCGAGAUUGACAACUCCAAGUGGAUUUUUUAUUGCAAAGUCAUCAAUUCCUAGCGCCGGAUACGGAGCAUGGACUAAAACUAGAGUCCGGAAGUAUACAGUCCUAGGAGAAUAUGAGGGAGAGGAACAUAAGAUAGAAGGGAAUAGUCCAUAUUCCUGGGUUAUAUAUGAAGAUAAGAAAAAGGAAAAGAGGCAUUUUAUAGAUGCUUUCUCGCCCGCCAAAAGUAACUGGUUGCGGUAUAUCAACUGCGCAAGAAAUGUGUGGGAAGAAAACGUGUACUCCUUUGUAUGUGAUAACUUAGUAUUUUACAUGACGACAAAAGAGGUGGAACCCAACACAGAGUUACUGACAUGGUAUGGACGGAACGACGGAUUGAUGCUAGGGAUUACAAAAUUACAUCCAGCGAGUGAGUUGGACUUGAAUUCAACAUUUUAUAUUCGAUUGAGUUAUAUGCCUCAGGAUUUUAAGAAAAACGAUCUCAAAUACCACCAAAACUGGUUUUCAAAUAAACACGAUAUAAAGGACAAUAAAAUACAGUAUGGCAUUCUUGACUCAUAUCACGAUGGAGCGUGGAAAAUUCAGCGGGAAAAUAAUUAUACGUAUUAUACAGGUGAAGACGGAUUUUCAGUUCCAUUUGUAUGUGAACAUCAACCACUUGAUGUUAAGUAAUAUCAAAUCGUUUGUCUAAGCAUAGUGUUUUGAUAUUUUAAUAGAAAUGUGAAAUGUCAAAAAGCUACUUAUUUUAUAGACGUAAAAUGAAGUAAGUUUUACGUAUAAUAAUCUGUUUAGAAAACCAAUAAAAAUCUGAUUUAUGACUAAUCAUACAUUUGGCUUAAAAUAUUUCAUGAGAAAUACCUCAUAUGUUCCUUUGUCAUUUAUUUACAUGUUUAUGUAUAGCAUAUCUACAACCCAAGUUUACGUAUUCUUUGUAAUAUUUGGUUUUUCUAUCAGUCAGUGACUAACCGACAGAAAUACCGUAAACGUUUACAUUUGGCAGAGUAUUCAAUUUGGUGCUUAGGCGAAAAGUGACAUCCGUUAUAUCAAGUAUAUCUCCAAAUGCAUUGCAUAAAUAUUAUAUGUUAGAGAAUAGAAACAAUAAAAACAUGCUAAUUCAAAUUUACGCGAACUUGUUUGAAAGUCUUUUUCUGCCAAAUAUCGUGCAGGCUAAAUAUAGUACGUUUACAGUAUCAACUACUGGUAUACCAUUCACUUUUUGUUAUUAAAGCGUAUUGGCUUUAAAAGAAAUUUUACGAUUGUGUUAUUUUUAAGACGUCACAAUGGUUCGUUGUUAGGAUUUUAUCAACGUGCUAGAUAUUACUACAUGUUGUGCAACAUUGAUUCCAUUCACAGUUGAUUUAAGUUUUAAAUACAUUUCUUAUUUCAAACUUUAGUCCAUUUUUCGUUCUGGUUUGCAAUUACCAGGUUUAAUAUUUCAUUUGAAAUUUAAGAAAAUUGUUAAUAAACGCUUAAUCAAAAUGUUCAUCAAACAAAA